AUGAAGAAGCAACUGGACCGCUCGGCUUCUACAGGUGGCGUACCACUGGUCAGGCGGUCCACCAACGAGUCACGACAACGAGUCAAUUCCUUGACGAGACCAAAGAGCAGGACAGGCUCGGUGCCCGCGUUUGUUCCUGACCACAUAUUUGUGUCGUUGCAUUCUGCCGGUGAAUUGCGAAUAGACAACAUUGCGUAUCAGACUACCCUGGACGACCUGCGGGAACUUGUUCUACCCAUGUGGCCCCAUGGCGUUGAGUAUGAGGACAGUCGAGGAGACAACUGGCGAGUACGGUUUGCAAGAGGGCCGUGGACUAGUGUAGGCCUCGAUGCCAUUUUGGCCCAACGACUCAUCUGUAACCUCUACACCGUCCUCGCUCGCCAAGGCUACUCGCAUGUGACGACCAUCCAAACAGGCAGUCCAAGGAGGCCAGGCAAGCUGGUCUUCGUCGAGACGCUGCAAGACCCCGACGUGAAGAUCUUCGCGACAAUGUUUUCUCCGUCCAAGAUGCGGCUCACGCUGCUCGACGCGCCGCGGGAGCUCGUCGAGGACUUCGCGUCCAGCCUGCGGCCCAUGUUCCCGCGCAAGGUGAUGUCAUACGGCGCGAACGAGGACGGCGUGCAUGUCAUCGAAGUCAAGCGCGAGGGUUUCCGAUCGCGCGAAGCGGAGCGGAACCUGUUCUACGCGUGCAUGCUGCGCUUCUUCAACAGCGCGGGCUUCAAGCUCGACGGGAGCAUCCCCCUGGGCAGGAAAGACCCCAUGUUCUGGGGCUCGCGCAAGGAGGCGUGGAUAUUCCGCAGUAUGCCGAUGCGCAGACCGGAGAGCCGGCAGAAGCAAUGA